UGUCCAAAAGGAGUCAAAAGAGUCCAGACUUGUUCUGCAGGGAUGUCAUUUGAGGAAAGGGGUGCCUCCCACCCAAGGAAGGGUGUGUAGUGAAGGAAGGAUCUGAAUGGCUGGAAGGGAGAAGAGGUUGGAAGGGAACCAGGAGACAGGCGGUUACAGGGGAUAGCUCUCAUUGUUUCGCUAGAGCAAAAAAGAAGAAGUCAAAGUCCAAUGCAACUGUUUGUACAGUGUGUAGAUAUGUAACUCAUCGUACCACCUCUUGCUGACACACACUCUGCUUGAUCUGACUGGAUUUUAUAACUCUUUGUAAUCGGUUCAGAAAACUUCUCAUCGGCACAAAAUGGAUUGGAUGGAUCCUCUUCCCAUAUUUUUCCUGUUGGUCCUUGCGGUGACACUUUUUUUGAAAACGGGCAGUUUCUGGAAUGGCAACGGCCAAAAUUUCCCCCCGGGACCAAAACCACUACCACUCAUUGGAAGUCUCCACCUCCUAGAUCUGAAGAGGCCUUACAUGACCAUGUGCAAGUUAUCCAAGCAGUAUGGACCUGUGUUCAGCAUUCAAAUGGGAACUCAGAAAAUGGUAGUGCUGACAGGGUAUGAGACUGUAAAGGAGGCUUUGGUGAACCAGGCUGAUGCUUUUGCCGAGAGGGCCUUCAUCCCAAUAUUUGAAGAAUUUAUGAAGGGCUAUGGUGUCAUUUUCUCUCAUGGUGAGAACUGGAGAGUGAUGCGGCGGUUUGCGUUAUCUACUUUACGGGACUACGGAAUGGGCAAGAGGACCAUUGAAGACAGAAUUGUUGAGGAGUGUGGUUUCCUGAUAAAGCAAUUUGAAUCUCAUGAAGGAAAACCAUUUGAGAACACUGCAAUUAUGAAUGGUGCCGUUUCCAAUAUUAUAGUAUCAAUAUUACUUGGCAAACGAUUUGAAUAUAAUGAUUCCACAUUUAUAAGACUGCUGAAAUUGGUGAAUGAAAAUAUUCGACUUGCUGGAAGCCCUUCAAUUCAGCUGUAUAACAUGUUUCCUGCCCUGGGCUUCCUGUUUGGAGCUCGCAAGACUAUCCUGAAUAACAGAGAUGAGCUGUAUGCCUUCAUACAGGCCACCUUCAUAGAAUCCCUUAAAGAACUGGAUGCAAACGACCAGAGAAACUUGAUUGAUUCUUUCUUAAUUCGGCAGCAAGAGGAGAAGACCCAGACUAAUGGGUUUUUCCAUAAUGAAAACCUUCAGAGUCUGGUUGGUAACUUAUUCGCUGCCGGCACGGAGACCACUUCAACAACACUACGCUGGGGCCUGCUGUUAAUGAUGAAGUACCCUGAAAUUCAGAGCAAAGUCCAAGAAGAAAUUGCACGGGUGAUUGGGUCUGCUCAGCCACAGACAGAACAUCGUGCAAAAAUGCCAUACACGGAUGCAGUAAUCCAUGAAAUCCAGAGGUUUUCUAAUAUUAUCCCAACAAACUUGCCACAUGCAACAACUGUGGAUGUCUCUUUUAAAGGCUACUCCAUUCCCAAGGGAACUUAUAUCCUCCCGUUGCUGUGCUCUGUGCUGCAAGAUGAAACUCAAUGGGAGAAACCACUUAAAUUCUACCCAGAGCACUUUCUGGACUCUGAUGGAAAAUUUGUAAAGAGGGACGCAUUCAUGCCUUUCUCUGCAGGUCGAAGAAUAUGUGCUGGGGAAACCCUGGCCAAAAUGGAGCUCUUCUUGUUCUUUACAAGUCUCCUCCAGAGAUUCACUUUCCAGCCUGCCCCCGGAAUGUCUAAAGAAGACCUGGACUUCAUGCCAUUAGUUGGGUUCACGACACCUCCAGUACCUUACAAGUGCUGUGCUUCGUCACGCUCUUAACAUUCAUCUUGCUUAUUUUCUAUGUGUGCAUCUUCAGUCUUUUCUGCACCUUUUUUCUGCUGAAGACUUUUCAGGACAAUAGCCUUGGAGGAAUCAGCUCGUAAGAUUACAUCCUGCCAGCUUUUUCACUCAGUCUGGUUUAGUACUUUUUCAGUCCCUUUAGGCUUUUGUCCAUGCAUGUCCCAUGAUGUCCAGCAUACGCUUUUGAAUGUUCAGAAUGGGCCCAUUUUUUACUAGUUCAAAAGUUGGUUGGAUCCAACUCAUAAUCAUGAUCUAUGGAGAUCCUCUGUGUCUAUCUGCCAAGCCCCAUAAAGUAGCUCUAUGACAUUUGGACCUCAGCUCUUGUUUGUUUUGAUAUACAUAGAAAAAGGAAUAAUAAUUGUGUCUGCUGUCUUUUCUUGUAUUUACGCAUUAUUGAUGUCUUUGGAUCAACACACAAACCAACUUGUACUAAACUUAACAUCUACUUACAAGUGAGUGCCAGCAACAGAAAAGAAAUCUAUGCACUUAUUGAUGUGGUUUGAAUGCUAGUGUUUUUCAAUAAAACAAAAUUGCCUCAUGAAUCACUAGAACCAAUAGAUUUGCUUAUCUGUUCACCUCA